UGCUUGUGCAACAAGAACAUCAAGAGGUUCCUUGCUUCCUGUCAUGAGCACUAUGGACUCAGAGAAGCUGACCUUUUCACAUUUGAAAAUCUGUUUGGAUUUACUGAUUUUGGCAAGGUACUGCAAUGCCUCUCCAAACUCAGUUUGUCCUCUAAAGUUUCUGAGCGCUUCCCUGGUGUUGAAGGAUUCCGGUGUGCAUCUCUGCGUCUUGACGAACAUGAUGACACUUACCGCUCCUUGCAGGACCUUGCCAACCACAACCCAGGUGCCCAUCGACAUUUAGUUUCUUCACAUAGCAAUGGCAACAGCUCUCCGCUGGCCAUGGCUCCUCGUAACCACAGUGGAGGCAGUGGUAUGUCAACAGCAAGUGCUAUCCAAGGCUCCCAUUGUGGAAACACAAAUGCUUUCAUUAAUGGACAUAGCUCAAGUUCCUCUAUCAAUGGAGAUUGUUCAUCAUUGAUCCGUCGAGAUGAUGACUGUGGACUGCGUGCUUUACAACAGAGCAUUAGGGGAAGCUCAGGAAAUUCCAUUAGGCGCAGAGAUGAUGAAGUUUACCAGAGUCUCUGUUACGUCACAUUCAAGCUGCAGGAAGCUGCUGCUGGAAGACAUCAGCUGGACCAGCGUCAGUGCUGCCUGCAGGAGCUGCUGGAGACGGAGUAUGGCUAUGUCAACAACGCUCUUAAGAACAUAAUUAAUGUAUUUAAGAAGCGUCUUAGAGACUUGCUUGAACCUGCGCAUCUUGAGACCAUCUUCUUCAAACUCCAGGAACUGUGUGAAGUACACGAGUCUUUAUUGAUGGCUCUUAGAGAGGCGCGCACUCACUCCGACUCGGUCAACAGCAGCGUCUACUCUGAGGCUGUUGCUCAGGUAUUCAUUAGAUACCAGGAGCAGCUGCUCAUAUACGGCGAGUAUUGCGCUCACUUCCAGACCUCCUUGAACCAGCUGGAUGAUAUUUUGUCCAACAAACAGGUCAUCAGGGAUAAAAUAAAGGCAUUAGAAGCAGAAAUGAGCGCAGAGAAGCAUCAGCUGCGAGACCUUCUCUUUGUGCCUGUGCAGAGGAUUCUUAAAUACCACCUUCUGCUGCACCAGCUACUCAAGCAUACCAAGAAGGAGGAGCCAGCAUACGAGACCAUCAGUGAAGCCUACAACUGCAUGCGUGACUUGGCCGAGUAUGUCAAUGAGUACAAGCGUGACAAGGAGACCCUCAAGAUCAUCGAGGAUGUCCAGCAAAGUGUUGUGGACCUGCCACCGGAGCUGCCGGAUCUCAAGACGCUGGGGCGCAUGCGGCUGGACGGCGAGAUCAAAGUGGAGGCUCAACAGGAGCGCAGCAAACAAAGAUUUGUAUUCCUGUUCGACAAAGCAUUGAUCAUGUGCAAGCAGUCCAGGGUGAAACAGCAGCGAUGGUCGGAUGUAUUUCCGUUGGGCUCUGCAAGCUCGCUGUCAUCAGUAGUCUUCUAUGAUGGUGCCUCGGUCACUCAGGAUGAAAAGUAUGUGUACAAAGACUCGCUGCUGCUGGAGGAGUGUCGUGUGGACCCCCCUGGGAUGGUGGGGCUAAGUGGGGGUUCAGGGGAUGGGGGGACGUUCAGGGGGCGCAGGGGACUGGGGAGCAACAGUUUCUCGGUGACAUCAGAGAAGACCUCCAAGUCCUUCACCUUCAUCGCCCGUUCUGAGCUGUGCAACCUGCUCAUGAAGGGCACCGUCUACCAGGGGUACAUGUGCAACGUGUGUGAGCUGCCCUGCCACGGCAUGUGUCUGGAGGCGGCGUGUAAGGAGUACUCGGUGUGCGAGCCUCAUGCCUUCAGUAGCGCCCCCUCCGUCUGGGCUAACAGCCACGCCCCGCGACACAGCGUCCUUAGUGCUGACCUGCCGGCCACUCCUAUACUCAUGGCGCAUCAUCAUCUGACGGAGUGGGAGGAAUUUUGGAAGCCAGAAAUACGAGACCUGCCGUGGUGGGGCAACUGCAUGAGCAGAGUGGACGCCAACGACGCGCUACUCAUCACCAAACCUGGCACCUUCCUCAUGCGGUGGUCGGACAAACACUUCCAGCCUGUCGUCUCCCUCAAAGUGUCAGGCGAGGUGAAGCACAUGCGUGUGUCCAAGGAGGUGACCGACGGUGGUGUGGUCAAGUACUACUUCUGCCGCGCCCAAAACUUCUUUUCUCUUCAGGAUCUCGUCCUGCACUACCACCACAACCCUCUCUCCGAGGCAUUCCAGGAACUAGACGAGACUCUGAAGUUACCGGUGUACGAGUCUGCCGUGUCGAUGUUCGAGUUCACGGGCAGCCCUGGGGGCCGCAAGACCGCCAACUACCUCCUGCUACGGCAAGGACAGCGCGUCGUGGUGCUGGGCAAGCAGGAGCAGGACCGGGGCUGGUGGAAGGGCAGGAGUGGCAUGCAGUCGGGCUUCUUCCCUCAGGCCUACGUUAAACUGGAUGACCCGCCCAUCAUCCACCUGUGAUGAGAUCUCCCUGCACUCCCCCACCACCCACCUCUGCACACCAGCCACCUCUGCACACCAGCCACCUCUGCACCAGCUACCAUUACUGGAUGCUAGCAGGCACUACAAGUUAAACCGUAAAUACGAGUUCGUUUGUCUCGUUUUAUUAAUUCGUAAUAAUUGUUCAGAGCAGCGUGAUCUUAGACUAUUUCUAUUCGUUUAUACGAGACUGCGAAUUUCACGUUAGUUUCGACACAUUUUUUGUUGUAAAGUAUAUGAACUAUUCAAAGGCAAAAAUGGAAGGCCUACUAUUGUUUCAAUUAACUUAGCUGAACUUACCACGCUCCAAGAAUUCUUUCCAGCACAUAAUUGAAUACGCUUACAAUGUGUCUGUUUAUAUUUCUGUAUUUAAACAUUUCCUCUAGGUUUACCAGCUCACCUGCUUAUUGCGUAUUUAUUUAAGUCCUGACUCGGGAAGAUCGUUGUGCGACAUGCAUGUUUUUUUCGCAUAGCUUGCGCCCUCGAAUGCAAAAGUUUGUUUCUAAACAUUAUUUACUGAUUGUCUUUGUUCCACUAGAAUUUAUGUAUUUAAGUUAGGAUUUGUAUUCUUGAUCGUGGCCAAUGUUACUAUCCAAGAUGUCUUCAGUCAGGUGCCAACGAUCUGAAUAGUUCAACGGCUCUAAUUAGUAAUAACGUGAUUAAUGCUCUGUAGUAAUAGUUGGAAUAGGCAACGAGUGUAGUUAUAAUUACGUCGGUCAGUAAUAAGGGAGGUAAUACCGUCAAUAUUUUAGGUCUCCCGUAUGUACCGCAGACAACGACGAUGUCGGGAACAUUAGCUGCUGCACACAACAGUAUUGCGAUAUUUAAACGACAAUAAGGAAAGUAAUCAAAAUAAUUUUUUCUUGUUAUAAUAACUCGUGACUGAGGUUUUUACGAUAACUUGUAUUUCAACGCUAACCAUGAUGAUUCAAACCUGCAUCAAAUAUGAGAAGUUUGAUUUCAUAAUUUUUACAUGAUUGCUCCACUGAUUGCAUCUCGAUUAAUUCUAUACUUUCAAAUUAGUAUCUAGUAAUAACUGAAAAUUGUGCCUAAGAUUGAUUUUUUUAACAUCUAUUUUAAUUUUACUCUUUAAAUGAUGACUCAAACCUGAUUUGAACCAGGCAUUUUGAUUUUUGCGUAUUUUGAAAUGAUUGCUCCACUUAUUGUAUCUCAAUUAUUUCUUUACUCCUGAGUGAUUAAUUAAAUUAACUUUUUCUAUACUCCUAAAUCAUUCAAUAAACGACAAUAACGCAGAUUUAUGUGCCAUAUUGCUGAUCUUUCAAUGUCGCCUUAAAGCUGUAUACUCGGUUAAACGUUGUCAAGUGGUUCUGUGCGCUAGGCAGUUCCACAUGCAGAAUGAACAACCUUAUCUUCUAUAGAAUAUUUUUGUGUACAAAAAAUAAGGCAGACCUGAGUGCAUUACUUGGAAGCGUUCUGUUUCUCAAAUUUGCAGUUUAAUUACGCAUCUAAAAGAGUAGUGCGCGUUUUACCGUUCUUUUAUUAUGAAAGUUGUUAAGAAGUGUUUGUAAGCAUCUGCUUCUCGCCUACAUCUGAAGUGAUACGCUUCCCGUACCGACUGCUGUCCUAAUAUUUAAGUUUUGAGUGCCAUAUUUAAAUUAUGAAAUAUUCCUAAGUCUAGUAUUGAUGAUAGAUGUUGAUGCUCGGCUUAGUGUGCGUCCUUAGGCUUUGUGCUGCAUUUUUUAUAAUAAUUACGCACGAUUGCUUUGAUAUAUACUGGAACUCGAGGAAUGAUUUCGAGUAAUACAAUGACUUAAUUGUGAAAAUUAUGAGGAUUUUUAUAAUAAUUUAAUGUUACUGAAAACAGUGAUGCUAGUAAAUACGAAAUGUGUUGUAAACCUAAUCACAUUUACGAAAGUUCGCUACAAAAAUGCUCAAGUUUGCCCUUAAGAUUGGACCUAGAGCGGUGAUUGGUGUGGCGCGUAGUUGAUGUUUGAAAUCGUACACUGUAAAUUUUGCUGCUAUUCAAUAUCAAUACAUUGCUUACUCAUCUGGAUUAGAAUCAUAUGAUUACUCGAGAUGAAUGUUUUGAAUUUCGUACGACGUCGUAUUUGAUUUAUUUUACGUUAAAUCGUUUUCGAGAGGGUAGAUCAUCUAUCAAUCAUUAUACCUGAUGAAAAUUAUUUAUAAUAUAUUUUUGGCAUUUUCCUUUUC